AUGACUUACAUAUUAAAUGCGGACCGAUUGUUCAAGCAUGACCUGGCCUCGGCUGCUCUGACUGAGCACAAAGUGACCAGUCGGAAAUGGAACCCCCGUGAAUUCACGAUGCCAUUGGUACAUGCACCCGGGCAGCGACAGCUUGUCAAGGUCCCGGCGGAUCGGAUCAUAUCUGCCGAAACCAGCACACCAGCUCCCAGUCCACCAAAUACUAAGGCAAUCGAAGAGGAUGUCACCAUGGGUUCCCCGAGCACAGGACCGGCCGACAACAACAGUUUCUCCUUGUCGGAAACACUCUGCACCGAAGCGGAUCCAUCCGGUGAUUCUGACAUCGAGGUCAUCGAGUCCCCAAUGAACAAGCUCGUUUAUCGGAAGCCACGGCAUCGGUCCCGGGCCCCCUCUCCGAUCACUAUAUCGGACUCAGAGCCUGACAGGACAGCUUUCGGCGAGACUGGAUUGCUGUUCGAACCAUCCCCUGAAAUAAUAUCCUACAGUAGCACCUCUGACGAAAGCACCGAUCGCAUUCCUCACUUCCCGGACAGUGUGCAACCUCCCCUUCAGCAGGUUAUAGUCUCCGAGGGCCAGCAGAACUGGACCAGGUUGCCUUACCUGUUUCAGGAAGGUGAGCUGCCCGAGGACCUCAUACCUGCGGGGGCCCCGCUGGCACUGGCGCCAGAUGACUGGGAGCCAUUGGUGGGGGGCGGUGGACUGGUCGCAAAACCUGAAGACAUCACAUUGUCACCGAAUCACUCAAGCGCCAUUCCUGAAGAUGGGAUCGCAGCAAAUCACUUUCAUAUCUUACAGCACGGUCCUUGGUUCGCCGCCGAACACUCGCCAGCCCUCGGCGCCGAGGGGUGGCCACUCUGCGGCGCCGCGCGUUGUAAUCGGACCGUCUUACAGUGGCCAAGCUCCUACGGCUUUUUCGGAUCUUCUUCAUCAGCGGACGAUACUGGAAUCCCGGAUCGAAUCCUUGGAGCAGCUGCGACGUUCCAAUGCCCUCAAUGCAAGAACAGUAGGCUGGGUUCUGGCAUAUUACAAUUGCGCUGA